AUGGCUCGAUCAUUGCAUAGAGCAGCUCUCGAUGAGUUUGUCACGCAGCGUGUGUCCCGGGAGAUGAUUGAAUAUCUCGCCAAGCAGGCAUCACAGGUCAUCAGAUGUGAGGCAAAUGUGACCAACACAGUCAGCCCCCAUGGACAACCAACUCCUCCAUCCACUCCCCCUAUGGAUGUUGCAGACUCUCUCCCUCCUCUACCUACUCUUCAGGAGUUCAUCACAUCUCUUGUUGCCCGGUCGCAGGUCCAGGUGCCCACUCUUAUGAGCUCCCUCGUGUACCUUGGCCGGCUGCGGGCUCGUCUACCUCCAGUUGCCAAGGGCAUGCGCUGCACAGUUCAUCGAAUUUUCCUGGCAUCCCUGAUUCUGGCAGCCAAGAAUCUAAACGACUCGAGUCCCAAGAACAAACAUUGGGCCCGCUACACUGCCGUCAAGAAUUAUGAAGGCUUUGGAUUCUCCCUUCCCGAAGUCAACCUGAUGGAACGCCAGCUGCUCUUCCUGUUGGAUUGGGAUCUCCGUGUAACUGAGAAAGACCUCCUCAUCCACCUCCACCCCUUCCUAACCCCAAUCCGUCACCGACUGGAGAUGAAGGAACGUGAAAAGAAAGUCGAGGAGGAACACAAACAGCGCAUGCACGGCGAAUGGCUCCGAGUCAAUCUUCACACAUCAGCCGACCUUCUCGCAAGCCGUCUCCGUCGCCAAAGACCUGAAGCUCGCGGCACCGUCCGUGGUGAGAACGUUUAUCGACUCCCCAGCCAUGUCUCAUGCCCAACAAUGAACCAAGCCUACUCUCAUCUUGUACAAGACUGUGACCGAUACACACCCUAUUCUCGCCGCACCUCACCCCGAUCUGGCCGGUCCAUUUCACCCCCCUCAGUCCAGGAUAUCCCCGAUCUCUCACAUGCAGAGACCUUCAACUCACUCUCAUCUCGCUCCUCGAGCGCGGCUCCCAGCUCCUAUGGUACUCCACGCAGUAUCAGCACCUGCUCCGACGAUAUGAUGGUCAUGGAACACAGCAACAGCAACUGCGCAAGCCCAUAUGUGGCAUUGAACUAUGUCACACGUGGCGUGGACAAAUUCUACGAGCCCCUUCGCCAACCGAGCAAGAAGAUGAAGAUCCAGAGCCACGCCAAGAGCCAGAACCACUCUCAUGGUGGUUUUGUGGCACGCUUCUUGGCAUCUGCCACGGGAUCUUACAUGGGCAGCCGCAUCGGUCGGCCUCAUGCAUAG